CACAACACGGUGGUAAAAUUCCGGGAUUGUUUUGUUUCUAAGAGGACGUAAAUAAUUCCUAUGCAACCAAAAUAUUUUAGCGCGAUUGUGUGAGAAAUAUAUAUUAUACAUGCAAGUUCUAUACAUGCAACACAUACGCUUUCUGUAGUCAGAAAUGCAGGAUUUGUCGACAUUUUGAUCAAAGAAGCAAUCUGUAGAUCAAUCUUCAGCUUGAGCCAUUCAAGUCAGACGACAGAUCAAAUACGUCAGUGGAAAAUGUGGUAUUACUUUGUGGCUCAUUGUGCUUACCAUUUUACAAGGUGGUUUCCUAAAGACGCGCGAGGAAAAGUGAGAAUCACUGUGAUACUUUUUGCUCUUUCAUUUAUUAUACCACAGCUUUAUGUGGUUCAAGUAGAGCAAACUGGUAAUGGAUUCUGUGAUGAGCCUCUGUUAAACAUCACUGUAGCAGGAAUUGUUUUCACAUUUGCUAUGAUAGCCUUCACAUUUCUCUUUGCCAUAAUGGAACCAGUUCCUUGGCAGCUUAAAAUUGCCUUUCAUUUCUUUGGAUUUGGUUCUCUAAUCCUUGGCAUGGUCCUGUUUGCCUCAACUUUAGCCACAUUAGAUUGUGAGUUUUCACCUGAGUUGUAUUAUUUGUGUCUUUCAUUAGGAAUAUUCUCAGUUCUUUCAACUGGAUUUCUCAUCAUCAUGCUGCCAUUCUGGUUGGUAAACUACCUUUGGCCUGACUCUGUUCUCAACCGACGAGAGAGACGUGGUGUUUGCUAUGAACCUGUCAAAUGUUGCACUUGUCUGUGGCAUAUUUAGGAUGUAAACUGUACAUGAUGUAACUGAUUCUGAACUGCCCAAAAUCAAAGUUUACUUUGAGCUUUUGAAACAAAGACAAUAAUUUAUAUGCAGUGUGUUUCUCAUUCAGAGUUUGCACUGAUGCACAAACAUUUUACCUUGAAAUUCUGGUUUUCAAUGAGUGACCAUGUUCUAGACAAACUCUUGUCUCCAGAAUGAUUUUGAAGCUUUAAGUAAGUGUGACUGAUAUUUAAUUGAAUAUAAAUAUUUAUGUCUUCCAAGUACACUGAAAAUUAUCAAGCGUCCACAUGCUGUAAAUAUCUUAAAAUUGGCUUGAGAUGCAAUGUAUUGCUGUAUGGACUUUGACUGUAAUAUUUUGUUAUUUAGACAUAUUUUCAUGAAAAGGAGUUUUGUUCAAAUAUGGGUUGGCCGGAGCCAAGGACCACAGUUCUAAUUACUCAGCAUAGGGUUCUGUUGGAGCCUCCCAAUAUUUUAAGUUCUGGAUCACAUUUCCAUAGCGGUAUUGUACAUUACACGGAUACAUGUAGUUUUAUAUAAUAAGCUCAGUUAUACACGCAUUCUGAUUGGUUCUCACUUAUGAUCUAUUGGAGGACAGACGUAUAGAUGACGUCAUCAUUAAAACGUUUUUAAUUCUUUAUUACAUAAAACAAAUAGAUUCCAAGUUGCAGUGCGUUUGUUCAGUAAUAGAUCACAGAUGACGUCAAAAUGUGGUAAGAACAAAAAAGUGGCACACUCCUUACCGACUUAUAUCAUUUUUAUAAACUGCUGCAAAUGAAAGUGUCCCAAAAAUAAGUGGUAACUUCAAAAACUGAUUAUAUUGCUGAAAGUGCUCUUAGAAAAUAAGCUUUGAGCUGUUUGCAGAGAUGGAAAGAUGUAGCAUAAUCAUUGGCUUACCGACUGUAUCGUUUUCUACUGAUGUAAAUAUACCAUUCGACGUCGAAUUUCUUAUUGUUGUAGAUAUCUCGUGCGUUAUUUCUACAAGUACAGUGGAAAUGAACUUGUGGUAUGUUAGUAUGAUCGUGAUUGGAUUGUAGAGAUUUACAGGUCGUAAUGUAAUCAGGGAAAACGAAAAUUGGAUCAAUGUAUCAAGUUUUCAUUGUAGAAUGUACAUUGCUUUCUGUUGUUUCAAUAAAGCUUCAGACGUAUUUUCGCCAUCAAGAA